GCAGGCCCAGUUGGCGUCGCUCUAGCUCGGGAGCGGGGUCUCCGCCUCCCUCUUCCUCGCCGGCCGCUCGGACUCUGCCUUUAUCCCCUUCGGAGGCCUGCCGUCCAGACUCCGAGAAACCCGGCAACAUCUCGAGAAAAUGACACAUUGGUUUCAUAGGAACCCAUUAAAAGCCACAGCUCCCGUUUCUUUUAACUACUAUGGCGUAGUCACUAGUCCUGCUGCUUCAAAAAUUUGCAGCGACCUGAGGUCAUCCAGGGCACGGCUGCUUGAAUUGUUUACGGAUUUGAGCUGCAACCCAGAAAUGAUGAAGGGCGCUGCAGAUUCAUAUUUUUCACUGUUACAAGGUUUCAUAAAUUCAUUGGAUGAAUCGAGCCAAGAAAGUAAGUUACGCUAUAUUCAAAAUUUCAAGUGGACCGAUACAUUACAAGGACAGGUUCCAAGUGCCCAGCAGGAUGCUGUUUUUGAAUUAAUUUCCAUGGGAUUUAAUGUAGCUUUAUGGUACACCAAGUACGCCUCAAGACUGGCCGGAAAAGAAAACGUAACAGAAGAAGAAGCGAAAGAGGUCCAUCGAAGCCUGAAGGUUGCAGCCGGGAUUUUUAAACAUUUAAAGGAAAGUCACAUCCCAAGGCUUAUCACACCUGCAGAGAAGGGGAGAGAUUUGGAAGCACGGCUCAUAGAAGCUUAUAUUAUCCAGUGUCAGGCUGAAGCUCAAGAAGUAACAAUUGCUCGAGCAAUCGAGCUAAAGCAUGCUCCUGGACUGAUAGCUGCACUGGCCUAUGAAACAGCCAAUUUCUAUCAGAAAGCAGAUCAUACUUUAUCCAGUUUGGAGCCUGCGUACUCUGCUAAAUGGAGAAAAUACCUUCUUUUGAAAAUGUGCUUCUACACGGCUUAUGCUUACUGUUACCACGGUCAGACUUUGUUGGCCAGUGAUAAAUGUGGUGAAGCAAUCAGGUCUCUCCAAGAAGCAGAAAAAUUGUACGCAAAGGCAGAAGCUCUAUGCAAAGAAUAUGGGGAGACCCAGGGCCCUGGACCAACUGUCAAGCCGUCAGGACACCUGUUCUUCAGGAAGCUUGGAAACCUCGUGAAGAACACCCUGGAAAAAUGUCAGAGAGAGAACGGGUUCAUCUACUUUCAAAAAAUUCCAACAGAAGCUCCACAACUGGAACUCAAAGCAAAUUAUGGCCUCGUGGAGCCUGUACCUUUCGAAUUUCCUCCCACAAGUGCGCACUGGACCCCAGACACGCUGGCUGCCUUUGACCUCACCAAAAGACCCAAGGAGGACAGCACCAAACCCAAACCAGAAGACGUGAAGCCUGUGAAGGAACCAGACCUUAAACCUCAGAAGGACACUGGGUGCUCCGUCUCCUAAAACACCAACACAGUGUGCGCUUGGAGCUGCUCUGCUGGUGGAUGAGAAGACCCUGGGCCUUCCGCCCACAUUCUUGAAACAAUUUCUCUGAAGCCUGUAGAAUAACUUGUACAUUCAGAGGGAAUCUGCCUCAUUUAGCUGCUGUAGAUUUUUAAUAUACUGGACAGGUUCCAUGCUUUGUUCCACACUCCUUUUUAACCAGGACAACAUGGGAAAGACUUCAUUCUGCCUCUUAAGAGUGUUUCUGAGGUUUAGUUUUUAGUUUUGUUUUUUCCCCGAGCUCUGGGUAGUAAUGUUACAGCGAGUAAUGUUUCUGUGCGAGGGGAGACAGAAUGAGAAGGUUUUUGAAGAUGUCGGCUGUUGCAUGAUGUCACGAAUACCUUGAAGCCUGAAGGAGAUGGGUUGUCCUGAAUUACACUGUAACUCCACUUCUUUGUUAGGGAAGUUAGAGUAAAAUGCUUUGUUAUCCGAUUUCCGUGUACCUUGUUUUUAUAUGGUUUAGAUUCUAAUACACAUGUUCUGUCAGAACCAUAUUGCUUUAGGCCAAAGACCAGAGCAGAAACUCAGUAGAGCAGACAGACACAGUAUGAUCUUAAAAAUAGCUUGUAAUAUUUGAAACAGCUAGUUUCCUGUAGGCACAGGCUUGGGACGUAGGGGAUGCAUAUACGUUAACUAGAGUCACACCUGUAGGUUUAUCUUUUGAUGAUUAUCUGGGGGUGUUCAGCUAACUUUCCUGUUAUAAACGGACUGGUUCACUUAAUAAAAUAAUAAGAGCAGUGCAUCUUGAGAGCUUACCACAAGCCGGGCUCUGCACUGAGCACUUACACAGAUAAACCCUUGAAUCCAUGCAGCAGCUCUGAAAAAUAUGCUUAGACUGUUGAAAUAGGAGUAAACAUUUCAUUAUGAAGAAUAAAUAGAUUACGCCUGUCUGGAUCAACAUCAUAUUCAAAUAAAUGAUUACUUAAAGCAUCAUUUACACUCUUGAAAAAAGCUGCAUAGAAUCAGUGUUUUGUAAAAAUAUGUGGAAAUGCUACCGAAAAUAAUAUAUGGAAAUGCUCCUUGCUAUAAAAGAUUGACUGUUUGAAGCAGUUUCCAGAAUAAAUGGAGUAAUAACUGAACAGACAUUUAAUUUUAUUUUGCUGUCUAUAGGAAAAAUAAUUAACUUUCGCCGCAUUUUGAUUACAAAAUCACUUGUCUGUUUGCUGAAUGCCAUUAACUGGCAAAAUUUUAACAGUACUGAUGACAGCUUAUUGCUCGCAGCCUGUAGGAUCUGUUUAUCGUGGGUACUAGGGCUUAUUAACCAAGUGGCUAAAUUCUCACAUUGACAUAGUUGCGGGUCAGACAACCACAUAUGGAAUGAAAACGUAAUAUGCUUGGUGCUUCUGUAAAAUGCAGUGAAUACUGGCAUUUUAGUCCCUAAUUGGCAACUUCUACAUAAGCAAAUAAAUAUUCUGUUGACUCAGCAAAGGUGAUGCUUGUGACUAAAAUAUCCCAUUUCUCAUGUUCUUUGAAGUAGUGUUGGAAAUUUGGGGGAGUUGAGAUGUAAAGAAGUUGCAUGAAAGCCUAGAGAGAGGUAACUGCUUGCAUUAACUAUUGUGUACAUUUCAUACUUCAAUGAAAAUAUGGUGACAGCUAACAUUCUACUAAAAGCAUUUGUAUAACGAAUUCUUUUUAUUUAUGAAAAUAAAAGUAAUUUUACAGCUUUA